UCUCUCUCUCUCUCUCUCUCUCUCUCUCUCUCUCUCGGCUAUAUGGUGUGUGGUGCGGUGGCCUCUCCAAGUUCAAGUCCUGAAGGAGAGAUGGGAAGCUGCAACCUCGGUCAGCUGGGAAAUGGAAGAGUUGGGUCCUCGAGGAGGGGGAAGAAGAGCAACUCAGACAAGCAAAAGCAGCCGCAAAGAGGACUUGGGGUGGCUCAGUUGGAGAAGAUUAGGUUGCAGAAUGAGAUGAUGGCGGGCUAUCUUCACUCCCCAUUUCCCCGCGAUCUCAACAAGGAGGAUCUGAGAGCGCCUUCAACGGUGACCACCUCAUCCUCUCUCUUUGGUGCUCAUCCUAACAUCAUGAUGGGAUUUGGAGGCUCCACAGGGACAGAGAUCAGAUACGGUGAGCUUUAUCCCGGUGCAACAGCAAGAUCCUUGAACGACGCAAAUGAUCUCCGACCACAUCACCUUCGACGGCCAACCGCGACGCUGCCGCUCAUCGAACAAAGCUCGGAGAACGACGGACGACGCGACCGGCGUCACUCGGUCGGUUCUACCAGCAGCCAAAACUCCGACACGAGCAACUCAUCAGAACUGGAUUUAGAGCUCAGAUUGUCACUGUGAGUGAUGCUGAUUUACAUGUCAAAUGCCUGAGCCCGUCAUCGGCGUUGCCAUCAAGAGAAGCAUGACGCUUGCAAUAGGAAUCGGAGAUGCAGCUCUCGAGCAAUUAGGAAGUUGAUAUCACACCCAAGCUGGAAGCAGAAAGAGUGAUUCUUUGUACUCCAUCACGAACACUGUUCUUCCUGGCUCAAUGUCACGAAGAACCAAGCAUGCUGUGAUUUGCUAGCACCAAUCAUGAUGCCAUGAAAGCUCUUCGAUAUGAGUUACAUCGGGUUCUA